GGUUCUCACUGUAUAAUCUCUUCAAAAACCUUUCCAGGGAGGAGACAAUGAGGCUAGCCCUGCUCCUGGCUCUCUUCGGCUCCCUGGAAGCCGCCAUCCACUGCGACAAAGAAUACAACCAAAUCGAAUCAUUCUACGAACGCGGCUACGACAUCACCUGCCAGGGCCUCGCCGGCAACUUCACGCGCCUCCUGCAGGAGCUGGACGUCACCAACGAGAUCAGCCUGCGCAUGGAGAACUGCACCCUGCCUUCGGCCACCUCCCAGCUCUUCCGCAACGUCCGCCGCAUCAAGCACCUGCACUUGGAGAACUCCACCUUCGGCUACUCCGAGGAGGAGCCGGUGUUCCGGCUGCUGGACCGGCUGGAGGACCUGCGCGUGGUCAACACCAAGUUCAAGGUGACCAAGAGCGCCUUGGCGAACCUGCGCAGCCUGAAGGUGCUGACGUUGGUGAACAACGAUCUGGACUCCGUCGAGGAGGGCUCGUUCGCGGAUUUGGCGAAGCUGGUGGAGUUGCACGUGGCGGAGAAUCGCUUGGUUGACUUGAACAACGUGCCUUUGUGCGAACUGAAGGCUCUGACGAGCCUGAACGUGUCCAGGAAUAACAUCGGGGAUUUGAACAAGGUGCUGUUGUGCGAUAGAAACUCUAAUGCUAGUGGUUACCAAUCGUCCAUCGAGUUGUACCAAAUCGAUUUGAGUUACAAUAAAAUCCAGGAUUUGAGCACUUCUUUCGCGUUUUUGAAGUUUCUAAGGAACGUGAACGUUCGAGGAAAUAGGUUGAAAAGUUUGAAUAACUCUUAUUUUACUUACUUAGAUUAUCUGGAGAGUUUACGGGCGGAUAAUAACAGUAUAAAAAUCGUCGAGAAUGAUGUGUUUAAGGGUAAACAAUUUUUGGAACGACUCGAUUUGUCGAAGAAUCAAAUCGAAUAUAUCAAUUUGAAGGAUCUCAAGAGCGUUAAAUACUUAAAUUUAGCUCAUAAUAAAAUAAACAUCGCUACCGUGUUGACGAUAAACAUCAAUAACACAGUGGAAGAAUUGUUUUUGGACAGGAACAAUAUCAAAGAAAUAGAACCAAACGCUUUCAUAAAAUACCACAAACUAAAACACCUGCAUUUAUUCCGCAACAAAAUAAAAUUAAAAUCUCUCAGCUUUAACGGUUUGAUUAACUUGAAGAAACUUUACAUAAACAGCAACUGCAUCAAGUAUUUGCCGAAAGGAGUGUUCAAAGACCUGUACAAUCUAACUCUAUUAGAUUUAUCGCAAAACAAUUUAACCGUGUUAGAAUUUAACGAUACUUUCGCCAGUUUAAGGCACUUAGAAGUGCUGAAUUUAUCGAAAAACUCGUUAGAAAAUUUAAGGUACGAUUUAUUGGAGCCUCUGAAAGAUCUCGUCGUUUUGGAUAUCAGCCACAAUAAAUUGCACUACAUCGAAUACGACGUUAUUUUAACCAAUUUACCGCUGCUCAGCAGCCUAGACAUUAAGUACAACAUUCUAUCGUGCGAAUUGCUAUCGAAGAUCAUUAAAUAUCUUCAAACCAAAGGCGUCAGCUACACGAUACAGGACAAAAUCGAUUUAGAUAAAAUUAACGUGGGCGGUAUCUACUGCACCAACGAAAAAAUCGGGAAUAACAGCGUUAUUGUAACACAUGUUCCUAACAGAAGCGUCAUUUUCGAUGUCACUUUAAGUUUAAUUAUCGUGCUUAUUUUAGUCGUGUUGAGCAUCGUUGCUUUUAGGGUACACAUUUAUUUGAAAAGGCGAAAAUACAGAGCGGAUGAAUUCGAGUUGAUUGACGAAUGAAUUGUAUUUUAGUAGAAAAUUGUAUGUAGAAGUGAUCCAAAAACUGUUUUUAAAGUACUUUAAUUAGUGCUACCAAAUCUUCGAUCGUCAACUUUGAUUUUAUUGAUCGAUUUAUGAAUCAGCGUUUUUUAUUAGUUGAAUUGUUAGAGAUUUUUAGCCAUCGUGAAUAUAAAAGUUAUUGUCUAUUGAAAAAACAAUGGUUUUAUCGCGGGUUGCAUGUAAAAAAACAAUAAUUAUCGAUCAUAUCGUAGGUAAGUAUUAUUUACACGCUUUUAAACACUUCAUAGGCGUUUCAAAUAAGCGAAAUAAAAACGCCUAAACUUCCAUUUGAAGUAAGUUUUAUAAACGAAAAUCCUUAUUAGUUUUCUUCCCAAAUCAUAGCAUAUGUCCAAGAAAUAUUAAGAUAAUUUAAGCGCAUUAUUAGUA